AAGGUGACCACAGAAUUCAUAAAAGUGAAGAAUUUUUUAAGUAGGUAACAGAAAAAGAAGGAAAAUGCCGAAACCAAUCAAUGUAAGAGUAACUACAAUGGAUGCUGAGCUGGAAUUUGCCAUUCAGCCCAAUACAACUGGCAAACAGCUUUUUGACCAGGUGGUAAAAACAGUUGGUUUGCGGGAGGUCUGGUUUUUUGGGCUGCAGUAUGUUGACAGCAAAGGUUAUUCUACAUGGCUUAAACUAAAUAAAAAGGUAACACAGCAGGAUGUUAAAAAAGAGAAUCCUUUACAGUUCAAGUUUAGAGCUAAAUUUUUUCCUGAAGAUGUGUCUGAGGAAUUAAUUCAAGAAAUAACCCAGAGACUUUUCUUCUUGCAAGUUAAAGAAGCAAUCCUAAAUGAUGAAAUAUAUUGCCCACCAGAAACUGCAGUUCUUUUAGCUUCGUAUGCUGUCCAAGCAAAAUAUGGUGAUUACAAUAAAGACAUUCACAAGCCAGGCUACCUGGCUAAUGAUAGACUCCUACCGCAGCGUGUUUUGGAACAACAUAAGCUGACAAAAGAACAGUGGGAGGAGAGAAUACAGAACUGGCAUGAAGAACAUAGAGGAAUGCUCAGGGAAGAUUCUAUGAUGGAAUACCUGAAGAUUGCACAAGAUCUAGAAAUGUAUGGAGUCAACUAUUUUGAAAUAAAGAAUAAAAAGGGAACUGAAUUGUGGCUAGGCGUUGAUGCAUUGGGUCUGAAUAUUUAUGAGCAUGAUGACAAGUUAACACCUAAAAUUGGUUUUCCUUGGAGUGAAAUCAGAAAUAUUUCAUUUAAUGACAAAAAAUUUGUUAUAAAACCGAUUGACAAAAAGGCACCUGAUUUUGUUUUUUAUGCACCUCGUUUGAGAAUCAAUAAACGCAUUUUGGCCUUAUGCAUGGGAAACCAUGAGCUGUACAUGCGAAGAAGGAAGCCCGACACCAUUGAGGUACAGCAGAUGAAGGCUCAGGCGAGGGAGGAGAAGCAUCAGAAGCAAUUGGAAAGGGCACAACUGGAGAAUGAAAAGAAGAAAAGAGAAAUAGCAGAAAAGGAAAAGGAAAGAAUAGAACGGGAAAAAGAAGAGCUAAUGGAACGUCUAAGGCAAAUUGAAGAACAGACAAUGAAAGCCCAGAAAGAACUAGAAGAACAGACUCGAAAAGCUCUAGAACUGGAUCAGGAGCGAAAACGGGCAAAAGAAGAAGCAGAACGGCUUGAGAAGGAGCGUCAAGCUGCUGAAGAGGCUAAGUCUGCUAUAGCGAAACAAGCUGCUGACCAGAUGAAGAAUCAGGAACAGCUAGCAGCAGAACUUGCCGAAUUCACUGCCAAGAUUGCACUUCUAGAAGAAGCCAAGAAGAAAAAGGAGGAGGAAGCUACUGAGUGGCAACACAAAGCUUUUGCAGCCCAGGAAGACUUGGAAAAGACCAAAGAAGAAUUAAAAACUGUAAUGUCUGCCCCCCCUCCACCUCCGCCACCCCCAGUCAUUCCUCCAACAGAAAAUGAACAUGAUGAGCACGAUGAAAAUAAUGCUGAGGCUAGUGCUGAAUUAUCAAACGAAGGGGUAAUGAACCAUAGAAGUGAGGAAGAACGCGUAACAGAAACACAGAAAAAUGAGCGAGUUAAGAAGCAACUCCAGGCAUUAAGUUCUGAAUUAGCCCAAGCCAGAGAUGAAACCAAGAAAACACAAAAUGAUGUUCUUCAUGCUGAGAAUGUUAAAGCAGGCCGUGAUAAGUACAAGACUCUGCGACAGAUUCGACAGGGCAACACAAAGCAGCGUAUUGAUGAGUUUGAAGCAAUGUGAGAGCCGUUAUUUUGCAUAAAUGUUCUUCAUAAGCUGAACCACCAACAGAGAAAAGCAGGCCUUUGCAGAUGUGAUGGAAUGCAUCCCACCUUGCCAAAGCACUUAUACCAGUUUGACUGUGGUGGCUAAAAGACAAAUUUAAGGAGAGCUGUUCAACAUUAAGGCAGUGUGAUGUCAUGUUUGUUUUUCUUUUUCUUUUGGGCCAGAGAAUGGAGAAUGGUGUUCCAUCACCUCCUUUCAUUUGUUUCAUUUUUAAUUUUUUUUUUCUGUUGAAGAUCAACACUAAUUAUCAUGUAUGACAAAUGUGUAUGUGUGGUUUGAGCACUUUGUACAUCUUAAAGGAUAAUGGUGAACGUUUUAAUGAAUGUUUUCCCUUGCCCUUUCCAUACGUAACCUGUAUACAUUUCCACAUUUUCACUCACUCAUAUUUUCUUGGUGUGCCCUUUUCAUAUCCUGCCAUAUUCAUAAAUAUAACUCUGUCUUCAUGCAGAUCAUUGGCAGUGUUUAAAAUGAUGGGAGGUAGCUGGAUGGAAAAAAGCACAGACUUGGAUGAUUGUGUAGAAAUCGGUAAUGAAUCAUGAAAAGGAUUAGAAUGUUUAAUAGUGUAAUGUGCAUCUGGUGGUUAGCUUUUUUUAAUCCCAGUUUAAUUACAUUAUUGGAUAUUUGAUAUCAGCUUACAUAAUUACAGUAAUCUUUGACAGUUACCAUUGAUUGGUGUUUCAUCCCCUGUAACCUUUGAUGGUUUUCUUUGCCUGCCAAUUCACACAAUGUCAACGGCAGGCGACAGUUCUAUAAGAGAAAUUAUUGAUGAAACACGCUACCUGCAGAUAAGUAAGGUAUCUCUGAAAAAUUUUGGAAGUUUUGUUCUUUCAUGGACUGAUUUAGAAAAACAGAUAUUUAAUAAAAGAAAAUAUAGAUUUGUUAGUAAUUGAUUUUUAAUCAUUGGGAAAAAACCUGAACUUUCUUGGAAGGGCAACAUUUGAAAACAUGAGUCCCAAGAAGGGGACAGUAAUACUACCUCACUAUUACACCUGGUUGUUCAAACACAGUGGAGUGUGUAAGCUAUAUGUUUUAUAAUACGUAGUCUCAAACAUGAAUGGAUACUUUUGAGACUUCAUUUUCCUUCAGAAUUUCUUAAGAGUGCUAAAUUUUUAACUGCCUUUUUGUUGAGUUGAACUGUAGGACUCUGAUUUGUAUUAAAAUUGUAAGUUCUCACUGGUAUACUGUCUUCCGGGGGGGGGGUGUUGUGUGUCUGAGGAAGUGUGCGCGUGCGCAUGCACACAUGUGUUGUUUGCGUGUUUGUGUAUCAGAGAGAGAGGUUACCCUUGUAGCAUAUGAAGAAUGUCUGUACCUUCAUUUCUUGAUAUAAUAGUUACAUAAUCAUUUUAGCAUAUUUGGUUUCUAAAUCACUGUGCUUUUUUCCAGUCUCUUAACUAAAACUACUUAAAUUUGGUUUGUUAAUCCUAUUUUAGAAAUUAUAAAUUUAGGUUAUAUUAAUUUCAAUUAUGUCUUGCUGAAGAAAUCUUUCCAGAUAGAAAGUUGUUCUAAUCUUUACAGUUUCAAGUAUUUUCUUUGUUGUAAAACACCUAGAUUUAAAGAUAUGAAAGCCUUGUUUUCUCUGUGUGGUUCAGCUGCUUUUCAUUUGGUAUUAUGCAUUCAAAUUUACAUUUAUCUUUUAAAAUUGCCAUUUUAUUAAACAUUUUUCAUGCACAGUAGAUUCAAAUUGUGUCAGAAAUUAUCUCUUGUGCUUUUUUAAUUUUUGCUGACUUGAAAAGGAUUAAUCUGGGCAGACAUGAAAAGGAGAGGCUGCAUUUAAUAUAUUUUUUUGGACUUUGUAGGACAAAAAGAUAACUGGUUAAUCUUGAAGUGACUUUUGUACAGUGGUUGUGCACAUGCUUCAAAACUCUGGAAGAGAAUAUUUCUGCCUGCAGUACAUCAGAGAAAUAGAUGGUGGACCCCACUAUUCAUGCUUUGAAAAUAUAAGGAUUCACUUUUCCAAAG